CCAAACCUCUCUAUUUUUCACUCCCUCGGGGCCUUUGGCAACUUCUAGUCUUCUACUGUAAAAUUAAAGAGACGUGGACAACAAAAUCACGUUCCCCUACGAAAUAAAUACUAUAUGAUCCAUCUACCCAAUCGACAAUUCGACACACAUCUACUGGCUGAGGGAAUCUAAGAGGUAUUUUCUCCAGUAGAUUCUUGUAACAGGGGGCCCAAAGAAAACAUGGGUAUUGACUUGUUAUUACAAAUUUCCAGGCUGAUCUGCUUAAGGUAUACUACCUUUGAGGUUUCCUGAUUCAGAGUUGGCUGAGUUUGUUCUUUUUGCACUAAAACACACUGUUGGAAUUCUUGCACAAUCAGCUACUAAUUGGCUAUUUCUUCUGGUCUGCCAAGUCACCUCGGGUUAGCGAAUUACUCCCUUAUUCUUAAAAACUCUACAGUUUGAUAUCUGAACCGCAGUACUUCAAGAAAUCAACCUUCUCUCAUUUCGAAUUUUAAAUUACACCUGUCUUGAUUUUGAAGUAGACCAUAGCAUGAUUGCACAAUAGGCAUCGAUGUCAGGCCUUUGUUGCCUACCUAUCCUUGAAUGUGUAUAUUGUUUGGCAUGUGCUCGUUGGGUGUGGAAAAAAUUACUUUACACUGCUGGUCAAGAAAGUGAGCACUGGGGUCUUGCUACUGCUACUGAAUUUGAAUCAAUACCACGGAUAUGCCGAUUUAUUCAAGCAGUUUAUGAAGAUGACCUAAGAAACCCGAUCUGGGCUCCUCCUGGAGGGUAUGGAAUGAACCCGGACUGGGUAGUUUUAAAGAAAGAUUAUGAUGAAACAGAUGGGCAGGUAUCACCAUACAUGAUUUACCUUGAUCAUGAAAGAGCUGACAUAAUACUGGCUGUAAGGGGGUUACAUAUGGCAAAGGAAAAUGAUUACUUGGUUUUACUUGAUAAUAAGCUUGGACAGAAAAGUUUUGAUGGCGGGUAUGUUCAUAAUGGGCUACUAAGAGCAGCGGAGUGGGUUUUUGCUGCAGAGGUUGAGACUCUUAGAGAAUUAGUUCUGAAAAAUCCAAAUUACACCUUGACACUUGCUGGACAUUCUCUAGGGGCUGGAGUUGUGACACUGUUGACAAUUAUAGCGAUAAAGAAUCAGGAGAAGCUUGGCAACAUUAGGAGGAAUCAGAUUAGAUGUUUUGCAUAUGCACCUGCCAGGAGUAUGUCACUAAACUUGGCUGUGAGAUAUGCAGAUGUGAUUAAUUCAAUUGUGCUUCAGGAUGAUUUCUUACCUCGAACGACAACGGCCUCUGAAGUACUUCUCAAGUCUAUUUUUUGUCUUCCGUGUUUAUUAUGUGUGAUGUGUUUGAAGGACACAUGCACUUCAGAAGAAAAGAGACUUAGAGAUCCUAGGCGACUAUUUGCACCUGGUCGCCUCUACCACAUUAUUGUAAGAAAACCAUUCAGGUGGGGAACAAUUCCCCCAAUUGUAAGGACAGCAGUACCGGUGGACGGGAGGUUCGAGCACAUAGCUAUUUCCUGCAAUAUGUUGUCUGACCACAGUAUCAUUUUAAUAGAGAGAGAAUCCCAAAGGGCAAUUGAUGUAAUGUUAGAAAAUGAUCGGAAUAUGGAUAUACCACCAAAGCAAAAAAUGGAAAGGAGUUCAUCUAUAGCCAAAGAACACAGUGAGGAGCACAAAGAAGCAUUACGGCGGGCUGUUGCUUUAGAUAUUCCACAAGCUUACUCACCUUCAGCAUAUGGAACCUUCCUCGGAAAUGAACAAACAGAAAAUUUUGACAGCCCCCCAGGAGAAACCUCGUCUUUGUUCUCCAAGAGCAGGAAAAGCUGGAGCGAACUAGCAGGGCGUCUUUUUGACACAGAUGAGUAUGGUCAUUCGGUGCUAAAACCAUAGCCCACGUGAUUUUCAGUGUUGAUAAAUAAUUGCUGAGCACUAUCAUUCCUAAAAUUAAAUUUGCCUCCGCUAGAAAUUCUUCGUAGUGUAAUCGAUAAUUUGUACAAGUUCAUUGUAUAGAAAAGGUUGAUCAAUUGUAAGGUACAUGAAGAGUGAUGCUCUAUUAUUAUUGCUCUUUACAUGAUUAAAAAGAGAAGUUAAAGAUC